AACAAGGCGAGCCCCGGCCGCCGUUUCUAUUUACACGCUUUACUCAACAAACCAGAUGAUCCAGCUCCAUACAGCGCUCUCUCAUAGCAGGUCGGAGUGCAACGGGUGUCAGCAGCCCCACCCGAUUCCUUCCAGCACUUGUGAUUCGGCGUGCUGAGGGCAAGGAGUGGCCGGCUCUCUAUCACUGCCACAGAUACCAUUUGUUUGGUUUCCUGGGUGUGCGGCUGCUGUGCACACAUGUACCGGCGGCGCCCGGGCUCCUAUAGUGGCCGCAGAGGAUGCUGGCUGAGUGAUGGGGACUCCCGGUAACAGGAUGAUUCCCCGUACCACGGGCUCCACCUUGCUGCAGCCGCUCAGCGAGCUCUUGCACAUGCCCCUGGAACAGGUCAAUUUUGUUACUUGUCAGCUGUUUGCCUUGGUGUUUGCUGUGUGGUUCCGCACUUACCUGAGACCAGGCCAUGCACAUGCUACUGUUCGACACGCUUUUGCCACGAUUGUCGGUGUUUACCUUUCAGUAUUUUGCUUUGGAUGGUACUCUUUGCACAUAUUUGCACUGGUACUUUUGUGCUACUGCAUCAUGAUGAAUGUAAGUGCUGAAAAAGUUCACAGGUACUCUUUCAUAAUGGCUUUGGGGUAUCUUACACUGUGCCAGAUUAACAGAGUGUAUAUAUUUAACUACGGAAUCCUCACCACUGAUUUUUCUGGUCCCCUGAUGAUUGUUACACAGAAAAUUACGACAUUGGCUUUCCAGCUACAUGAUGGAAUAUGUCGGAGUCCAGGGUCCCUGAACAAGCACCAACUACAAAAUUGUGUAAAGAAAAGACCAACAUUAUUGGAGUAUCUUAGCUACCACCUCAAUUUUAUGAGUAUCCUGGCUGGGCCAUGUAGCAACUUCCAGGAUUAUAUUGCAUUUAUUGAAGGACGACACGUACAAAGAAAGUUCCUAGAAGACAACUCAAUAGAAAAAGGAUAUGCAACAUUUCUGGAACCUUCUCCAAAUAAAACUGUCAUUAACAAGCUCUGUAUCUGUGUAGUAUCGCUCAUGUUAUUUCUGACUGUUAGUAAAGCUUUCCCCAUUGGGUAUAUAUUGGAUGACAGUUUUAUCAACAACUCACCAUUGAUAGUGAGACUUGGCUACCUGUACGUUGCAACAAUGGCUUACAAGCCUAAGUAUUACUUUGCAUGGACAUUGGCCGAUGCAGUUAAUAAUGCUGCUGGAUAUGGCUUUAACGGAGUGGAUGAAGAUGGAAAUGCUCGAUGGGAUUUAAUAAGUAACCUUAAUAUAUGGAACAUAGAGACUGCUACAAGUUUUAAAAUGUACAUAGACAACUGGAAUAUUCAGACAGCUGCCUGGUUAAAGAGAGUUUGUUAUGACAGAGCACCAAAAUAUCGCACAGGUUUAACAUUCCUACUAUCUGCCCUGUGGCAUGGUGUUUAUCCUGGAUACUAUUUCACCUUUCUUACUGGCAUUCCCACGAUGAUGGCUGCAAGAGCAAUGAGAAAUAAUUUUCGCCAUUACUUUAUUUCCUCAAAAUUCUACAAAUUAAUUUAUGAUGUCAUCACAUGGAUUGUGACGCAACUGGCUAUUUCUUACACUUGUGCUCCAUUUUUUCUACUGGCAAUUGAACCCACUAUUAAACUAUACAAGUCUAUUCAUUUCUAUUUCCAUAUUGCUGUAUUUACUGUAAUUAUCCUUUUGCCAAUCAAACCCUCGAAUGACAGCCGGAAACCAGUCUUUAAGCGAACUACUUCAUCUACAACAAAUCAUCAUGUAAAAAAGAAUUACAUAGUAGAGCAUGUGAAAUUUCACUCCAGAUGAGUAACCGCUAGCUGAUGGACACCCUAAAGAAGCAGCCGACCCUUAUCCUUCACAAAAGAAACUUGCAUCGGUGCACAUAUGUGAAAUGUUGGAUUGACAAAAUACAUACUGCACAUCAGCACUCAGGUACUCUGGUCUAUGAAGAUUCUGCGAUAGCCAGAACUGUGUUCCAAUGUCUCAAAUAUUUAUUUCUUCAUAUUAUACAGCCAACAUGCUUCACUGGUUUCAUCAACUUCUUAUUAACACUGACUUCAUUAUGACACAGGACAGGUGCUUUCCUGUCAGUUAUCUUUGUUGCUUUUAAGAGGUCUCUAGAUUUUCUUAAAAUCCCGUUGAAUUUCCUUUUUUAUAACUUUUGAAAACUGUAAUUUUACAACACCUACAAAGAUAGGGGACAGGACGAGACUACAAAUGGUUGAAUAAAAUAU